AUGGGGUUUUCGUUGCUCUUUUUUCUCCUGAUUUCAUUACGUCCAACAGUUUCUGUUGAUGGAAACUUGGAUUUGAUCCAAAAGACUUGCAAACGCACAAAAUACUAUGAACUUUGUUUAUCUUCACUCAAAUCUGAUUCCACCAGCCCAAAAGCAGACAUCAAGGACUUAGCCCUUGUUAUGAUUAGAAUUGGAAUGGACAAUGCCACGGCCACCAAUUCUUACCUUUCUUCCCAAAUGCUGAAUACCACAAAUAACACACUGAUGAAGAAAAUCAUCAAGGAAUGUGCUGAUAAGUAUGCCUCUGCAAGUGAAGCACUGUAUAAUGCAGUUCAAGAUUUGGGUGCAGAAUUAUAUGAUUAUGCUUACAUGCAUGUAAUGGCAGCUGCAGAUUAUCCCAAUUCAUGUCAUGAUGCAUUGAAGAGAUAUCCAGGACUGAUUUAUCCACCUGAAAUUGUAAUAAGAGAAGAUGGCUUGAAGCAAAUCUGUGAUGUUGUUUUGGGGAUUAUUGAUACUCUUGGUUGGUAGCUGGCUCUAUAUUAUGUCCUGCUAUCAUUAUUGUUUUCUUUUUUGUAAA